UUUAUUUACCAAAUUCUAACUUUCCAAUCUUCUCCCAACCCUAUAAAUAGAGAUGCAUGAGCUCCAUUAUCUCCUCCACCACCUUCUCUACAUCCUUUCAAAAAACCCUAAAAAUUUAAACCUAAAAACUCUUUGCAUCACCAUUGAUAAUAACAACAACAACAAUAAUAAUAAUGUCUCAUUCUUCAUCCUCGAAUUCAGUCAACGGCUUCCUUAACUUCCUUGCUCGAGAGCUCCAAAGUCUCGAAAACCUCUUUCUCUCUAACAACUUCAUGUCGAUCGACUUCCUUUCCCACGUCCUCUCGACCCUCCGCUCCUUCCACUCAAAGCUCGUCAUUUUAGCCCAAAAGCUAAAGCUCCGGGUCGGUGAAAAAUGGCUCGAUGAGUACAUGGACGAGACCUCCCGCCUUUGGGAGUCCUGCCACGUCAUCAAGUCGGGCGUUUCGAACAUGGAGAGCUACUACACAUGUGGCGCCAACGUGGCCUCAUUUCUCGACAAUCAUCGUGUCUUGAACGCGCAUCUUUAUCGACAGCGCAUAGCGCGAACGAAAGUACAAUCACUAUCCCUCGUCAUCAAAGAAAAUUUCGUAGCCGAUUUAAGGUACAUGAAAUACAACGGCUUCCAAGGAGCACUAUACGCGAUGAGGAACGCGAGCAAGUUGCUUUUGGGCAUACUCCUAAGCGGGCUCGUCUACUUUUGGCCCGAGACGAGCUUUUGCCGAGAAAACAACAACCACGAUGAUGUCAUCACGAUAAGCCCGUUCAUCAUGGGCUCGAACUUUGUGGCAUCGAGUGCGAAUUUACACGAUAGGAUCGUGAGUGUAGUGAGUUGUCUAGGGUUAGAGUCCGGAGUGGUACUUUUCGAGCUUCGGGCCGCGAAGUUCGCGUUGGAUGAGGUGAAAAUGGCGAUUGAGGGUACGGAUGAGAAUGAGAUUGAUAUCGACGAGAGAGUCGAGAGCUUGAGGAGUUGUUUCGGGGUUUUGCAGUGUGGGGUGGAGGGGAUAAUCGGGCAGUUGGAUGAUUUCUUUGACGAGAUUGUGGAGGGAAGGAAGAUGCUUUUUGACAUGUGCUCUAAUAGAUAG